AAUCUCCAACCCUAAACUCUCACUCUUCGGACUCCGCCUCCAUUUUUCUCUCUCCGUACGGUCCACCCAAUGUCUACUGUAGACGCGCUCCACCUCCGCGACACCGCACUCUCCCUUGCCGUCGAGCCGCCUUCGCCUCCGCCUGGUAUACCUCGACCUCAGCCAAAGCACGGUGCGCCCGCCAAAGCCGGCGCAGGCAAGGAUCCGCAUUUUAGAGGCGUGCGGAAGCGGCCGUGGGGGCGGUUCGCCGCUGAGAUUCGCGAUCCCUGGAAGAAGACUCGGAAGUGGCUCGGCACCUUCGACACCGCCGAGGAGGCGGCGCGUGCAUACGACGAGGCCGCGCUUAGCCUCCGCGGUCCCAAGGCCAAGACCAACUUCGGAAAUCUCGCUCUUGUUCCGCCUCACUCGCUUCUCCUCGGCGGCGGCUCUGAGAUGUUCUGGCCUCCGCCGCCGAUGUACUUUAUGUCUGGAGCUCCGGCGGUGGCGCCGAUUAGGUCGGAGUAUACAGGGUACAAGCUUGAGAAGGUGGACGCCGUGCGGGGCCAGGAGGAGAAGAAGAUGAGGAAGAACAAGAAACCGUUCUUGUUCGAUCUGAAUCUACCGGCGCCGCUGUUCUGAGCAGCCGCCGAUGUGGUUUGAGCGUUUACUUGGGUGCCAUUCCAUUUUUGCCCUUGGCGGUUACUCUUAAUUUCUACCUUACAUGUGUACAGUUAUUGUAAAAACGGGAAUAGUAAGCUAAGGGCGAGAUUAAAGGUUAAUUAACGAUUGUUAAUUCUGUUUGCACUCAGCUUUAUCUGAGUCAGAUAUUUGUCGCAAUUUGUUGCCCUUUAUUUAUUUAUUUUAGCAUGAACAAAUUAUCAUUAA